AAGUGUCCGGACUGGAAGGGGGGUGAAAGUGUCCGGACUGGAAAAGGGGGGAAAGUGUCCGGACUGGAAAGGGGGGAAAAAAAGUGUCCGGACUGGAAGGGGGUGAAAGUGUCCGGACUGGAAGGGGGUGAAAGUGUCCGGACUGGAAGGGGGUUGAAAGUGUCCGGACUGGAAGGGGGUGAAAGUGUCCGGACUGGAAGGGGGGGGAAGUGUCCGGACUGGAAGGGGGGGAAGUGUCCGGACUGGAAGGGGGGGGAAAGUGUCCGGACUGGAAGGGGGGGAAAGUGUCCGGACUGGAAGGGGGGGGGAAGUGUCCGG